UGUCGUUUUCCGGUCGCGACUCUGCACGUGUUUAACCACACACUGAGGAUUUGGGACAAUUUUACCACCGUUUAGUGUCUUUUUGGCUUCCCUGUUUGCUUCAAGGUGUAACAGGUGUAGUCCGAGGUGCAGAGCGCGUGUCAUGAUGACCGGAAGAGGAGAAAGGUGUUUAUGGGUGCUAGCUAACAGCGGGGGCCGGGGAGCUAACGUUAGCUGAGCCGAGGAACAACAUGUUCAGACUUGUUCCCAGACACACUGAGAGGGCGCAGGAACAGCAGCACACACAUCAGUAGACACCCGGACAGUUGUUUAAUAAUCAUUAACGACACAUAAGAUGGAUUAUCAGUUCCCACAGCAGCUGUUUCCCUCGUUUUAUAACUGCGGACCUCCGGACUCGGUCCUGAAGCACAGCGCCGGGAGCUGGGGCUGCUACGACCGAGUCAGACCUCAGGGCAGCUCUGGUCCUCUCUCCAGCUGGACAUUCACAUCCAGACAUCAGGCCAGAGGGGAGACGUGGCGUCACACUGAGCCGGUACCACUUCCUCUCCUGUCCCCGAAAAACUCUUUCCUCUGGCCGUCGACGCCUCCAGAUCCACUGGACUUCACAGAACAUAUGCAGAACUUCUUCAUGGACCACUCCCAGGACGCCUUCGGGUGCAUGGGUGAAAUCCUGAGCAGCAACUUCAACUUCAAAGACGGAAGGAGAGAGAAAUAUCGCAAGGAUUCAAUCCACAUGUGGAAGAUGAAAAAAUUCCUCGACACGCUGAAGUUUAAAGUAUGUCCGCAGCCGUAUUCCUGCGGGACGCUGGACAAGUACAGCGCCCUGCUGUCGGACGUGGUGCCCUCCGUUCCUCCUGAGCUGCUGGGUCCUCUGCUGUACGAGGAGCUGACGGAGCAGAGAGACCGCAUGCUGUUCUCUGAAGGAGCCACAGGGGGCGCUUUGGCCUUUGUGCCCUUCUCACAGAGCGGCAGCGACUCUCAGCGCGGCUGCCUCCUCUACCCCAGAAACCAGGGACUGGACUGCCUCAACUUCCACAGAGUGGAGCUGCAGCACCACAGAGGAGGUUCUUCCUGUGUGGACGCCAGCAGCAGUGACCCGUUCAGCUUUCAGCUGAAAGGCCCCGUCAGACAGAUCAGCGCCGUCUCUCUGCUCAACGACUGUUGUGUCGCAGUGCGGUCAGAUCACCUGUGUGGCGUUUGGAGGUUCAGUGAAAGAGACGAACCUCGUCUGCUGCAAGUUGUCAACACCAGAGAGGUGGCGACCUGCAUCAGCGUCAGUCCUCAUGUUUUAGGUGAAGUUCUGGUGGUGAGUGAGAGCGGAGCUGCCAAUCUGUGGACUGUCGGCAGAGGGAUGCAGAAGGUUCGAGAGGAAGACGACAACCUGUACUUCAACGCCAAGUCGUCGUGGAGAUGGUGCGAGUUCUCCGCCCAUCCCAGGGUGAUGCUGUAUGCAGACAGGACGGGGGUGGAGCUCACAGACAUCAGGGUGAGUCCUGCCUCGAGUCACACUCUGUUUCGUAUCAGCAGCACUCCGGAGUGUCGCAGUGGGGAGAGACUCAUUCUGUCCAGAUAUCUAGGAGACGUCCACCCCUUCCACCACCUCAUCACCACACAGUACUCGACGUACAUUAUGGAUGAGCGUUUCCCCUGCAUGCCCAUGAUCAAGUGGGAUCACAUGAUGCAGUCGCCGCCCAUGUUUUGUCACACUGUUCGUGGCUCUGCGUCCUCUGGCUCGGCUAGGGCCACAAAUAUCCUGCUGGGGUCCCAGAGCUCUCAGGAAAUCACGCUGCUGCAGUACUCAGGAGGCAGAGUGGAGGCCUGUUCCAGUCGAGGUCCUCCUCAGGCGCUGCACAGACCCAGAGACAGUCUGAAACACCUUCCUGUCCAGAUCCCGCACCGCCUGGACACCGCAACCAACAGAUUGUCCUCACCUGCUGCAGGUCUGACGUGUAUCCAGACGAGAGGAGGAAGAGAGGCAGGUGGCGAGGAGUGUAUCUGUAUUCUACAGCUGACUGAGGCGGGAGAUAUUUUCUACCAGAUCCUCGAGCCUGAACAGCCGGACACCUCCCGACCUCCCGCUGCAGACGACGCACCGCUGCCACAGCCAGCUCUGAGAGAAGCCACGACUUCAGGGAGAAAAACCGCCAAACAGCUUCAGCCGCAUUCUCAGAUGGUUGUAUCGGACACGUCGAGCGAUGAGGGCGUCAUCGGGCCGACUCAGGCUCCGACUGCGCUGAGGUUUGUGGCUGAAACACCUGAGAGGGAACAACGAGUGCAGGACGCCUACCCUGACUCUUCCUCUGAGGACUCAGAGUCCAGAGGGAGAGCUCGAAACCUGAAGCACCUGAAGGUGAUCGUCAACGAUGAUCCAGAGCUGGAUCAAGCGAGUGAAGUGGACGCAGGUGUGGAAGAUGGAAAGGUGGCUGAUGAUCCUGAGGAACCCGUCAGCGGCUCCGGGAGUUUGGGUUCCUCUGAGAGUCCGACUCCAGUGAAGCUCAGCGACGGCGCUCUUGUCACGUGGAAACACUGGCUCCAGAAAUUGAUGCACAAGAGUCGUGAGAAGAAGCCCCGCCCACGCUCCCUUCAGCACCUCACAGUUGAAACUGGAGACCUCCUCCACCUGUCUGACGAUGGAGCGAGAGAUUCGGCAGAGGAGGAGCGUGUGCAGAACCUGAGGCGUGAUCUGAGGGCGUGCAUGUCAAAGCGCUCGCUGCUGGUUCACAGUGCCACCUCUGCGUCCCUCGGUGCUCAGGACGUGGUGAUGGUACCAAACAUUGUGUAUACUGACGCCUGGACAGAUCAGAUCAGCCACCGCCUCACCCUCUCCUGGCAGGGGGAGGAGGUGUGGCGGGCAUGGUGGGAGGACCAGCUGGGGCUCAACAGGGAGGAGAAGGUGGAGGCUCUGAGGAGGAAGAGGAGGAGGGAGAAGGAGGCGAAGAGAGCCUCCGGUCGACGCCUGGAACUGUCUGGGAGCUUCACCUCGUCCGUCAGCUACCAGUCAGAGCUGAACGACUUCUCUGAUUCGACGGGCUGGUCCUCUGCGGUGAGCCAGGGGGCGUGGUCAGACACAGAAGGUAAGCUGUCUCAGGUGGAUGGCUUUUUGGAGAGUGGGACGCCAAGAGCCACAACACCCUCCACCCUGCAGACUGACACUCCAGUCCCCAGACUGACCCCCACACCUGUUAAAGACAAACUAAGGGACCAGCAGACUCCCAGCAGCUUCCGCACCCUCGCCCUGACCCAGACACCAAGACUUGAUCCGACACCAGCCAGUCAGAGGAGGAGCAGACGUCCAGCUGAGGACUACCUCCACUCUCUGUUUGCACCACAGGAUGAGCCCUCGCAGCAUGACGGUUACUUCCUGGAAGAGGGCAGCGCCAUGCACCAUCCACCUCCACCUCUGUCCUUGUCCUCCUCUCAGCUCCGCAGCUCCCAGUCCGUCUCUCAGAGGAGCCUCAGGAUGGAUCCGUCCCAGGACUCCUCCGUCUGGACGAGUUUCUCCCAGUCUCAGUCCCUCCUGCAGGGUUCACAGGGUCGACGGGCGCUGACACAGGGAUCACAGGGAUCGCAGCCCAAGAAGAAGAAGUCGCGAAUGGGAUUUUGAUUCAGUGGUGUGUCAGUCUGUAUCGUUUGGAAUACUACAAGUGUUCAUAUUACUCGGGGAAAUGACAAACAAGAGACUGGACUGACCGGUGUCAGAUUUAAAGGACUGUUUUUCACAUUGUGGGCGUCGUCAGCUGCUGCAGGAUUUGUUAAAUGGAUGUAUAAUGGUAUUAUUCACUGGGAUUGUACGAAUAAUGAACAAAUUGGAUCUAAUGGAGGACUGAGUGCUGGAGAAGGAUCCAUCGCACUGACGUCUGCGAACUGGCUGAAGACUGACUGCAGGUUGGUUUGGACUAAGCAGACUUUAUUAUUGUUUUGUGCAUGUGCCUUUUGUUUGAUGAGGUGAUAUUGAGUGUGUGUGUGUGUGUGUGUGUGUGUGUGUGAGAGUGAGAGAUAUAAUGUAAGGUAUGUCAAAUAAGCUGUCACCAGGCUGCUGGAUUUGCUUUCCAUGACGUGUUCACACUGACUGAGCUGAUGUUUAACUCUGUUACAGGUUUGGUGUUUAUUCCUGUCUGUCAUGGAGACGGGUUAAAGAGUAACUUCAGUAUUUAAAAAUCUGGACACUAUUUUUCCACGUUUUUAUGUCUAAGUGACUAACGGGAACAGCACUCGGGUUUUGUUGAGCCAGAGCCUACAGAACCAGACUACACGCUUAGACCAGGCCUAAAAAUUGACGAUAUUGAUGAAUUUAACCCCUUUGUUCCCAAGCUGGAGAAGAGCGUCAGCGGAAGCAGCCCAUCCAGGGAUCGCCUUCUCCUCACCGUGACGAUGCUCCUUCUGGUCGCUUUCUUCAUCUCCUAGCAACGGCCAUCCCAUCAGCACCAUCCCAUCCUUUCAUAAUGUUGUCAGACACUUAGAAUAACAAUCUGAGCCUGUCAGUGACAAAAACAAACACUUGCGUGGACGUGAACUGACGGUGCAAACAUGCGUCAAGUGAUUACACUGCAGCCUGUUUCUCUCACAAUACUGGACUUAUUUCUAAAAUUGUUGCUCCCGUUGGUCACUUAGACACAAAAACAUGGGAAAAUAUGGUCCUUUGACUGGAGGCUGCUGCUUUUCAAGCUGUCUGAGACCUUUAUAACUGAGAUUUGGCUGACAUUAAAGGAUAACUUUGGUAUUUUCCAACCUGGGCUCUAUUUCCCCAUGUGUAUGUGUGUGUG